AUGAACGUGGAUGAUAUUAAAAAGGCAAGAUCUGCCGCUGAGUUCAACAGAGAAAACUUGGAAUCUGUGCUAAGGGGCAGAUUCUUUUAUGCUCCAGCUUUUGAGUUGUACGGUGGGGUGUCUGGUUUGUACGAUUACGGUCCACCGGGUUGUGCCUUUCAGGCUAACGUUGUCGACUUAUGGAGAAAGCAUUUUAUUCUGGAGGAAGACAUGUUGGAGGUGGACUGUUCGAUGCUGACUCCAUAUGAGGUUUUGAAGACAUCUGGACAUGUUGACAAAUUCUCGGACUGGAUGUGCAGAGACCUGAAAACGGGCGAAAUCUUCAGAGCGGACCAUUUGGUCGAAGAAGUUCUGGAGGCUCGUCUAAAGGGUGACAAAGCCGCCAGAGGUAUCAGCGAGGAGGAAGUCGAGGAAGACGCUGAGAAGAAGAAGAGAAAGAAGAAGGUUAAGCAAAUCAAAGCAGUCAAACUUUCCGACCAUAUCGUCAAGGAAUACCAAGACAUUUUAGCCAAGAUUGAUGGCUAUUCUGGUCCUGAGCUCGGUGAGCUCAUGGUCAAAUACAACAUCGGUAAUCCGGCAACUGGGGAACCUCUGGAAGCACCAAGAGAAUUCAACCUAAUGUUCGAGACUGCCAUCGGGCCAUCUGGUCACAUGAAGGGUUAUUUGAGACCAGAAACCGCUCAAGGUCAGUUUCUGAACUUCAAUAAACUACUAGAGUUCAACAACGGCAAAACUCCAUUUGCCUCUGCCUCUAUCGGUAAAUCAUUCAGAAAUGAAAUUUCCCCAAGAGCUGGUCUGUUGAGAGUUCGUGAAUUCUUGAUGGCUGAAAUUGAACAUUUCCUCGACCCAGAAGACAAGUCCCAUCCAAAGUUCCAUGAAGUCAAGGACGUCAAGUUGUCAUUCUUACCUCGUGAAGCUCAGGAGGCCGGCUCCACUGAACCUGUCGUUAAGACAAUCGGUGAAGCUGUCGAAAGCAGGAUGGUCGAUAACGAGACUUUGGGUUACUUUAUCGCCAGAAUUGCUCAGUUCCUGUUGAAGAUUGGGGUUGAUCCUAAUAGAAUGAGAUUCCGUCAGCACUUGGCUAAUGAAAUGGCCCACUAUGCUGCUGACUGUUGGGAUGGUGAGCUGUUGACCUCUUACGGCUGGAUUGAGUGUGUCGGCUGCGCUGACAGAUCUGCAUACGAUUUGUCUGUUCAUUCCAAUAAGACUAAGCAGAAACUGGUCGUGAGACAAAAAUUGGACAAGCCUGUCGAAGUCACAAGAUGGGAAAUUGAUUUAACCAAGAAGCUUUUCGGCCCAAAAUUCAGAAAGGAUGCUCCAAAGGUCGAAGCUCACCUCUUGGACCUGUCUCAAGAGGAAUUGGCUUCGAAAGCUGAAGAACUUAAGAACACCGGUAAGAUCGUACUUAAGGUCAACGGUAUUGAGGGUGAAGUGGAGAUGGAUGAUAAAUUUGUUACCAUUGAACAAAGAACGAAAACAGAGCACGUCAGGGAAUACACCCCAAACGUCAUUGAGCCCUCUUUUGGUAUUGGCCGUAUCAUCUACUCUGUUUUUGAACAUUGUUUCUGGAGUAGACCAGAAGACACCGCCAGAGCAGUGUUAUCAUUCCCACCUCUGGUUGCUCCAAGCAAAGUCCUUUUGGUUCCACUAUCUAACCAUAAGGAUCUGGCACCUGUGACUGCUGAGGUUUCUAAGCUCCUAAGACGUGAAAAGAUUCCAUUCAAGGUUGAUGACUCAGGUGUUUCUAUCGGUAAAAGAUAUGCUCGUAACGAUGAGUUGGGUACUCCGUUCGGUGUUACAAUUGACUUUGAUUCUGUUAAGGACGGCUCCGUUACCUUGAGAGAGAGGGACUCCACUAAACAAGUCAGAGGUUCUGCGGAUGAAAUCAUUAAAGCUAUUCGUGAAAUCACCUAUAAUGGUGCUUCUUGGGAAGAAGGUACUAAGAACUUAGCUCCAUUUGUCUCCCAAUCUGAGACUGACUGA